AUGGCGGUCUCCAUGCGAUUCCUGGCAAAGGCUUCACAGAGCUUUGAGAGCAUUGUCGCACAUGCACCUUCACCGAAAGCCUUGCGCACACCGAAGACCCCAAUGAGUCCCAAGACGCCAGUGGUGAGUCCUUUCGCCAUCAGCCCCCUCAGCACCUUGAAUCGUGGGCUCAACUUCUUUCCAGAGGAAGUGGAAAAGCGGACCAAAGUUUCCACUCACCAGCGUUCAGUACACUUCGCUGAUGAGAGUGGGCCAACUUUUGUUGGGAAUUUCUCACGCCUCCUUGGAGGUCGAUUCCUACAGAAUACGGAGGACUUGUCUAGUCCUGCCAAUGCAGCAGCAGCUGCAUCAGCAACCAGGGAUGCCGUGCUGGCUCGCCUUUUGCGGAAGGAGGAGCGGGAUGCACCAGCCUGGCGCGGAGAGAGCAUUGACUGGGCAACGUUGCGCACGCGGCACCGCGAGGAGGAAGUGUGUCGCGAGUGCCGCGAAAGCAAACCCAGAAGCGGGUACAGCGCCGGGCAAUGGAAACGGGACGCGGACGCACGUGUGUGCAGAGAAUGCGUACGCAACUACGCAGCCAACAACACGCCCUGGCAAUGCAACAGUUGCAAGGCAUGGAAGCACGAAGACGCCUUUGCAAGAAUGUACGCGCGUCCCCAAUGCACUUUCUACCGCGUGUGCCAGACGUGCGAGGCACAGAAGCGGUGCUACAAGUGCGGUACGGCCAAGCCGGAAAGUGCAUUCGGGGCGGCCGCGUGGAAAGGGCGCCAUGCAGACCGACGUGUCUGCAGGGACUGCGCCAUGAAAGUGAAGGGUGCGUGGCGCUGUGCCGUGUGCACGGAACGUAAGGCGCGCAAUGACUUCAGCGCCUGGUCCAGGCAGCGCGCUGCACCGCAAGACGGAACGCAGCGUUGCAACGCUUGUGUCCCCAGCGCGGCCAAGCGCGCAGCAGCGCAGCGCGCAAAGAACAGCCGUGCGCGGUGCAGGGGGCGGCCUGCCCGGGCGGAUGCACGGGUCUACAGCUGCCACGGGCAGCGGUUGCCACGAAGUGUCGCGCAGAGAGCCAUACGGCGCCUGGCUGCGACGCGGACGAAAGUAGCCGAAGAAAAGAGACAGCAAGUCAUAGGUCUUGUGCGGGAAGAGAUCGCUGACCGCGUGCGACAGAAGCAAGCCGAGGAUGAGGUGCUCUUUCCCCGGGCGCAGGUGCCGAACCGGAGAAAAGAAAGGCAGAUGGCCCAAAGCAAGACGGAAAUUGAAGCAGAAAGUGUCUCAACAGACACCAAGCCGUCGCGCAAAAGACACAUGGAACCACAACAAGACAAGCAAGCACAGCCGACGCCCACCAAGACCCAGCCCCGCGCACAGACAACGCAAGUAGCGCAGGCAGAGCCUGCAGCGAAGCGUGCAAAACACGUGUCGGUGAGCAGCGAAGCCAGGAAAGCGCCGCCGCCGCGACGAAACUCGCAGGCAAAGCCGAAACAAGAGACGCAAGCCACCCCGACAGCCGCGCAGACGACGCUCGCACCGCCGGCAAAGUUGGCUGGACACACGGCCGCCGAGGAAAUGUUCCAAUAUGCGUGUCCUUUUUGUGAGGUGUCUGUGACCAGCACUGUGCGCACAGGCCAAGUAAAUCACUGCCGUGUGUGCGGGAAGUUUUUUCGUGUCAAAGACGGACACGUUGCCGCCAAGAACUUAGUCUAUGCGUGUCCAUUUUGCAAUGGAACUGUGGCGAGCAAUGUGAGGACAGGGCGAAUAAAUCACCGAACCGCGUGCGGCAACCAAUUCUAUGUGAAUGAAGGCACUGCGGUUUGCUUAGGGCCCUGUGACGUGCCGUGGGCCACUGCAGAGACAGUGCUUCGCGGCUCGGCCAUGGGUGACAGUGCUCAAGCGCAGGCCCCGAGCCAAGAUGAACUGCGACCUGCGUGGUUGCGGGAUGAAGAUGCAGCCUCCAUGCUUGGAGAGGCUGUUGCAGAUAUCGGUGGCAAGGAGAAGCACCAACCGUUGGCUGCCCGCAGGCCGGAGACCUUGCUGUGCGCCACAGACUUUCGCCAGCGGCCCAUGCUCUUCUUGCGUCCAGAAGAGUGGUUCAGUCUACUGCAAGAACUGCCUGAGCUCCGUGUGAGGGACUUGGACUCCUUGGGCUCCUUGGGCUCGAACUUCUUGGACUUGGACCUCACAAGCGUUGUACCUUCACCCGAUCAAUCCUUUGAAUGUUUGCAGACAGACUUGGACACCUCAAGUUUUGCUGAGGAGAAGCUGCGGCAGAAGCAAGCAGAGAUUGAUGCAAUGGAUGAAAGAGGCUCGUGUUUUUGUGUUUGCUUCUGUUUAGAACAUGGGGUGACUUCAUGGAUUCAUGGAUCUAGUCUCUUCAGCACAUUGGGAAAUCAAGGCUAG